GAUAUGAAAUAGCAAAAGUAUGUGGGGAAUUAAAUGAAUGAGAUAUGCAAGAAAAGACGUCGAGAAAGAUAAAAACACCUACAGAGUCCUCUCAACAACAAUUUUUUGGAAAACGUAUUAGGGAAAUUUUGAAUAAGGAUAAAAAAAAUGGUGAUAAUCUUUCUUCUGUUCCUUAUGGUGAAACUAUGGUUUCUGGAACUCGUCCUAUAAUUUUUGGACAACCAUCUUCAAAGACUAUAUUAGAAGCUACUGAUGGUAGCAAUUUUGCUUCUUCAAGUUCUGGUUCGGCACCAAAUGGUAGCUUUUCUAAUUCAUCUAUGCCACCUGGAUCGAAAGCUAUUACAUCGCAUAAGAACGUUUCAUGUAGAGGGUCCAAUGCUUCUGUUGGGUCAUCUAGUGGGCCGAGUAGGCGUAAUAUUAGUGACGAUCAACAUAGUGUUUCAAGUUCUCGUAGUUCGUAUUCUGAGGAUUUUCAGCGUUUGGCACUUUUUUCCUAUAAUGCAAUAGGAUCAAAUGGUGAAUUUUCUUUUGAAAAGCCAAAGGAUGAUUCUAUUAUUGAGCAUAUGUUUGUUGAGCUUCUUAAUAUGAAGAAUAUUUCUUUCGAUUCUCGCGGAAAAAUGAUGAAUUGGCCAGCUUCCAAGAAAUGGCAAAUGAUCUAUCAAGAUGCUCUUCAAGAAUAUCAGAAUAGGAAAAAAUGGAUUAGUUCUCAUGGAUAUGACGGUGAUAAGGGUUCUCCUCAGUGGUUUGUUCGUAGGAUUGUUAAUAAUACGAUUAAAAUUAAGCAAUUAUCAACUUUAAGUGUUUCUUUGCGAACUCAGCCUAUUAGUUGGGUGAGAUCUUUUAUUAAAUGCCAGGGACAGAUUGCUUUAACUAAUGUUUUGAGUCAUAUAACUCAGCGUGUUAAUAAGCGUGAUGAUGAUAUACUUAAAGAAUUAGAAAUUUUAAAAUGUCUUAAAUCACUUUUAAAUAAUACUUAUGGAGCGGACGAUGCUAUUGAGCAUCAGUCUUGUGUAAACUCUGUAGCAAGUUCGUUACUUUCGCCUCAUCUUCCUUCUAGGAAACUUGCUGCUGAGGUUUUAACUUUUAUAUGUCAUUGGGAUAAGCCAAAUGGUCAUUCUGUUGUGCUUGCUUCUUUGGAUCAUAUGCGAUCGUAUUUGGGUGAACUUGGUCGUUUCGAUGCAUGGAUGAGAGUUCUUGAGCUUACUGUAGAUGGAAGAGGGAAAAUGGGAAGUCUUGUUGGUGCUAGCGAUGAAAUACGUCGUGGUGGAAUGGGUGUUGAGAAUAUUCUCAUGGAAUAUGCUCUUGCGAAUCUUUUUUUGAUUAAUUCUUUAUGCAAUGGUGCAGAUGAUGUUAGAGAAAGAUUACACAUUCGUAGUCAGUUUAAAGCAUGUGGAUAUCAAAGAAUGGCUUUAAAAAUGCGGCAAUUCAAUUAUGAUAUAAUAGAUCGUCAACUUGAAAAGUUUGAAAAUGAUGAAGCUCUUGAUUAUGAAGAUUUGUUCGAAAAAGAUGCUCAAGAUGAAAUUAAAAAUUUAGACAACCCAUUAGAAUUGAUGGGUUUGAUAUGGAAACGAAUUGAAGGUACUAGAGCUCAGGACUUUUUUCUUUCUACCUUGCAACAUCUUUUAUUGAUACGAGAUGAUGGAGAAAACCGUUUUAAAUUAUUCCAACUAAUUGAUGCUAUUCUUACAUAUGUUGUUAUGGAUCAUCGUAUGAUUGGAAUGGAUCCUACACAUGCCUUGAAUUUUUCUAUACAAGGCAUCGUUAGUAAACUUCAUACUGAUGAGGAGGCUCGAAAAGCAGCAGAAGAAGCUAAAGAGGCACGUAUGAUCGCAGAAAGAACUGCUAUAGAGAGAGAUACUAUGGCUGCUGAAAUUGCAGCAGGUGCUAAUGGUUUAGUUGGGAAAUUAAAGAAAGAGUUAAUGGAACAAGCUGAGGCACUCGAAACACAGAGAAGGCAAAAUGCUAUUUUAAGAAAUGAGGUAGAAGAAUUACAAAGAGUUCAUAUGUUACAGCUUCAAAAAAGCGAGAUAGAAACAAGGGAACUUUAUAUGAUAAUACGUGAUACAAAUCCUGAAAUAUGGGAAAAUAGUAAAGGCAUCGUGGAUAGAAAAGCAUUAAUGGAUAAAUUGGAAAAACAAUUGGAGAGGAAAAAGACUGAAUUUAAAUUGGAAGGAAAAGCUUGGCAAAAUAUUACUUCGAGUAAACGUUUGAAAGAACUUCGAAGUCGUAUGGAAAAGCUCCAAUUGAGUCCGAAAGAUAUUGGUUCUCAAAAAAAUGAUGAAGAUGAAGUAUUACAAUCUCAAGAUACAUAUGAAAAGCCUUCAUUUUUUGGUUCAACUAGAGCUAAACCUAAUAAGCUUUCUCCGCAUACUAUUAAACAUCAUUCAAGAUCAAGCGUACGAGUUAUUUCUACAAAUUAUGUUCAUGAUACGAAAAGAUUAGGUGGUGUGCAGCAAAUAGUGCAAUAUAAAAAAGAACAUGUCGAAGAAAGUACUGAUUAUGUUUUUAUGGAUGAACUUUCUUCUAAAUUAAGACAUUUAAAUAGUAAUGAAGAUACAGAUGAUGCUAUUGGGCAUGUUAUAUUUUCUGAAACUCAGACUGAAAGUACUGAUCUGGACAAUCUUGCAUGGAAUGAUGAUAAUGUAUCAAGUCGUUCUCAAACUCUAAGUUCAGGUACUCUUCUUUCUGAUGAAAAGGUUACUCAAACUAUUCCUUCAGAGACUUCUACUGAUAUUUCUUUAUCAUUAACUUCUCUUCCACCACCACCACCACCGCCACCACCACCUCCUCCUCCUCCUCCUCCGCCACCACUACCAUCUCUUAUUUCUUCGCUUCCUCCUCCUCCUCCUCCUCCUCCUCCUCCUCCUCCUCCUCCUAUGUUUUUGACGAAUAAUGUACAGGUGAAGACAUCUAAUGAUUCUGCUACUUCUGUUCUUAAUGGUGUUUCUUCACAACCUCAAAUUUCUUCAGAAAAGUCUGAAGUUGUUCAGGAAAUACCUUUGCAUAGUGGAGAAGUUGGUAGAACUGGACUUCCGUUCAUUAAUCCGGAAAUUAAAACGCAGGUUAUGAUGAUGAGGUCGAAGAAGAAAUUGAAGCAAAUGCAUUGGGAUAAGCUUGAUACUGGUGUAGAGUACACCCUUUGGGCUCAAAUGAAAUUAGAUCCUAAUGCUUUAGUUGGAGUUCUUUCCAAAAAAGGUAUAUUAGAUGAGAUUGAAAGGGCAUUUGCUAUGAAAGAAACAAAGAUUAUAAAUACUAGAACAUCAAGAAAAAAAGAGUUUCUAUCUUCCGAUCUUCAACAACGUUUUGGUAUAAAUUUUCAUAAAUUCUCGAAUUUGUCAGUAUCUGAAGUCGUAAUUAAGAUUCUUCAUUGCGAUAUGGAUACUAUGGAUCUUAUUGAUUUUCUUAGCGAUGAUAAAUUAUUAGGUAUUGAACAAUUAAAAGCAGGUUUAGAGCCUUAUAGAACAGACUGGUCUUCUGGUGGUGUAAGGAUAAAUCCUGAAAAAAAUAUAGAAGAGCUUAGCCGAUGGGAUCAAAUAUAUUUAUAUUUGUUUAUUGAUUUGGGGCAUUAUUGGCAAAGAAGGAUGAUGGCAUUAAAAAUGAAGAUUAAUUUAGAACGCUCUUACACUGAUCUUGUUAGAGAUAUUAAGUGUAUAGAGACAGCCGCAUUAGCUAUAAAAGGUUCUCAAAAUUUUAGAGAAUUAUUAGAUGUAAUUCUGCAUGUUGGAAAUUAUAUGAAUGAUUCUGGAAAACAGGCUUAUGGAUUUAAAAUGACAACACUCCAACGGCUUCCUAUGACAAAGGAUGAUAGAAAUUCUUUAACGUUUUUGCAUUUAGUAGAAAAGGUAGUUCGUACUAAUUUCCCUCAAUUAGAAGAAUUUUUAGAUGAUUUUAAAGAUGUUGGCUCAGCUGCAAAAAUUAAUAUUGAUCAUAUUAAUUCUGAAUGCAAAAUGUUGGUUGAUAAUGUUUUUUGCAUUGAAAGAGCUUGUAAUACAGGAAGUCUUAGUGAUGCUUCUGUAUUUCAUCCUGAAGAUAGAAUAUUAAAUAUUAUUCUUCCGUUUCUUCCUGAAGCAAAAAAGAAAGUUGGAUAUAUACAAGAUCAUUUUAAUAGUAUGGAAACAACAUUUGAAAAUGUUUUAAGAUAUUUUGGCGAAGAACCUUCGGAUUCUCAGGCUAAAUCAACGUUUUUUCGUAAAUUUGAAAUGUUUUCUAGUGAUUAUAGGAAAGCGCAAAAAGAAAAUUUAGAGUUUGAAGAAGAAUCCCAUCGUCAACUUCUUAGGAGAAGGGCAUUAAAUGCUGCAUCAAAAAGUAAUAUUCUGGAUACUGCGAUGGAUGAGAAUGCUAAAUUAGAUACUGCUAUUAUGGAUAAUUUACUUGAAAAACUUAGAGUAGCGCCUACAGAAAGUAGGAAAGUAAGAAGAAGACUAGUUACUAAAAAUUUCCAAGUUACUGGCUCUCAUUAUUCAGACAAUCAUAAUGUUUCAAAAAAUGAUUCUACAUCUUUUUCAUCGUCUCCAGUAAAUGAGCUAGCUAUUAAAAUGAGGGAUGCGGAAGCUGAAUAUAAUUCAUCUAUUUCAAAAAUGUCUUUGGCACAAUCAUCUACUUCUACGACGUCACCAGCUUCAGUACCAUCUGGAACAAUGUCAAAUAAGGAUGUUGCUGCAAAAGCGCAAAGUAUGCUUGAAGGUUUAAGAUGUGGGAAGAUAUCAAGAGUUCUCCCGGUGUUAAAAGAUAAUUCUUCGGCAAAUGGGUUAGAUUAUUCGAUAAAUAAAGAUCAAUCACAAGAUAAAAUGAAUGAUGCAAAUCAGCAUUUAAAUCAUGAAUUAGAAAAUGAAGCGGAAGGAAUUUAAAAGUCAUGAAACUAGAAAUGAAGCAUUGUCAAAAGUAUGUUGUU